AUGUCUGAUAUCGAUGAGGAUCUAUUAGCACUGGCUGGUGCCAGUAGUGGCGAAGAAGAAGAAGAGGAUGUCCAAAUAGGCUCAUCAAAAAAAAGGUCGCGGUCGGAUCAUCAAUCGUCGAGUAAAAGGAGAAUUGUUGACGAGGACGAGGAGCAAGAUGACGACGAAGAAGAGGGAGAAGAGGACGACUAUAACCCCGAAGCAGCCUCCUACGAUAUGGAUAGUGAAGAAGACGAGGACGAAGAACCAAAUCCUUUUCCCUUGGAGGGCAAAUAUAAAAACGAGGAGGAUCGGAGCUACUUGGAGUCUCUUCCUGAAAUGGAGCGCGAAACAAUGCUUUUCGAAAGAUCACAAACAAUGCAAAAGUACCAAGAAAGGCGUGUUUUGAAAGAAAGAGCCAAAAACAUUAGAGAUCAGCAACAAAAGCGACAGCUGCAGCAAGAAGGAAAGAAGACGCGGUCUUCUACCAGGUCUACACGUACUACAGGACACAGCGAUCUAAAGGAAUCAAGGCUUUCUGAACUUAAAAAGCAGAGAGCUAAGAAAAAAGGCACCUACGAAUAUAGCGAAGAAGAAGAGGAAGAAGGCCAAAAUGAAGAGGACGAGUAUGGGUAUCAGGACCAGGAAGAUGAAAGCGAAGACGAUUAUGAGCCCAUGUACAAAAAAGGUAAAACAGAAGAUGAGGAGGAGCUUAAGUGGGCAGAAGAUGAAGAUCUUGACCGAGAGCCCGAGCUUGGAGAUUUCAACAGAAUAAAGAUUGGGCGCUCGUUUGUUGCGAAGUUUUGCUUUUACCCCGAGUUUAAUGAUAUGAUCAAGGGAUGCUAUGGGAGAGUCAACGUUGGUGUUGACAAGCGGAGCGGCCAGACCUUAUAUCGUAUGGUCAAAAUUGAAAAAGUGUUUUUACAAAAGCCAUACAAUAUGGGCAAGUUUUUCACUAACCAAUACUUUGGUGUCACUCAAGGAAAAAAUCGAAAAGUGUUUCAGAUGAACUUUUUCAGCGAUGGUGCUAUAACACAACCUGAGUUUGAAAGAUAUUUGAGGUCUCUUGAAACCUCAGAGAUAAACAAGCCCUCACUUUAUAUUAUAAACAACAAAUCGAACGAGAUCAACAGUUUUGUGUCUCAACCGGUGACAUCCAAGUUAACAGACGAGCUGGUUCGUAAUAGGAUGAUCUUUAACAAGAAAUUGUCGGGAACCAAUGCUGUUCUCGAAAAAACAAUACUCAAAGAUAAGUUACAGUACGCUAAGGAAAGCGGGAGUGAGCGCGAUGUUGCAAAGUAUUCAUCUCAGUUGAGAAACCUCGAAAAACGUCUUUCCUCCUAUGAAAAGCAUCAUGAAAAUGACCAAGCCGGAUCUAAAAAGCUUGGCGCAUUAACUUCAAAAAAUAGAAGAGUCAACCUUGAUAAAGGUAAAAACGUCGAGGUCACCAAGAAAGAAGACACGCCUUUUGAUGCUAAGACUGAUCCAUUUAGCAGACUCAAAACCAGGACAAAGAUAUAUUACCAGGAAAUCCAAAGAGAAGAGAACGAAAAGGCCAAAGAGCUGGCUAGACAAGAGCAACUUCAAAAAGACGACCUGAACCUAGUAGAGAAAGAACGCAAGCUUUUGUUGGCUAAAUUUAAAAACUUGGGCGGGCUGGAGGACAUUAUUAGCAACAUGGACUUCCAGGUAAGCUUAGAUGUGUAA